AUGUCUCUCUUCAAAGAGGCAGCUCGACCAUGCCGAGCCAGCAGUGCUCGCCUGCUCUAUUCAAAGCCAUUACGGCAACAAAAAAGAUGCUUCAGCCGCACCCACGCAGUCCGGUCUCCUCUAACCGCUGAGGAAAUUCAAGGCGCCCAUAAAUAUUGCGUCGCUCUACUCUCAAAAUAUGACCGACCAUCCUACACCUUGAGUAGCUUCAUACCCCCUCACGCCCGCUCCUUCUACCUCGCCCUUCGCGCAUUGAACGUCUCUCUCUCUUUAAUCCCCGAAACAACUUCUUCGCCCACAAUAGGUCUCAUGCGCCUGCAAUUCUGGCGUGAUUCCGUCGCCAAAAUCCUCGCUGGCAACCCACCCAAAGAACCCGUCGCAAUCCUCCUCUCCUCCGCCAUCUCCGAACUCCAUCAGCGCACAGAGGGCCAGGCUCGGAUAAGCAAGGGCUGGCUUACACGGUUGAUUAAUGCUCGUGAGCAGACACUCACGAAUGAUCCUUACACCAAUAUCGCGGCGCUAGAGUCCUACGCCGAGAGUACCUACUCCACUCUUAUGUACCUCACUCUUCAGGCUCUGCCAAUGACAUCUGUGACUGCAGACCAUGUCGCGUCCCACAUUGGAAAGGCUGUGGGUAUUGCGGCGGUCUUGCGCGGUCUUCCUUUGGUUGCGUUUCCAGCACCACAGCCUCAGUCCCCGACUGGUGGCGGUUCGGCUAGCCUGGGACUGAGUGGCGGGGCGAGGCAGGGAGCGGUGAUGUUGCCGCUGGAUAUCAUGGCGAAGGCUGGUGUGAAGGAAGAGGAGGUUUUGAGGCGGGGUGCUGAAGCUGAGGGGCUGCGCGAUGCGGUCUUUGAAGUUGCGACCCGCGCGAGCGAUCACUUGAUUACUGUGGAGCAGAUGUUGAGCAACUUGCGUGAGGGCAAGGAUGUUGGACAUGAUUUCGAGCAUGAGGGUGAAGAAGGGCAUGAAUAUGAUACGCCGAGCCACUCUCGUGACUCCCCUCUUGAUGAGGUGAACAGGGCGUUUGGCGUUUUCAUGCCAGCUAUCGGCACUCGCCUCUGGCUGGAUCGGUUGCAGGAGCAUGACUUCGAUGUUUUCCGUCCUGAGUUGCUCCGCUCUGAUUGGAGACUUCCUUGGAAGGCUUACUGGGCUUUUCGACAAAAGACUAUUUGA